GAAGGAUUAGAUCUGGUGGGAUGUCAGAGACAUCCCGAAGAAUCUGGAAGUUUCAUGGAAUAAUUCCGGGGGGUUGGAGUGUUGAACCCUGACAUGAAAAAAAAAUCCCAGGAGAUGGAGCAGAGCCCCAUCGUGGUGAUCCUGCUGUGCGCCCUGUGCAUCCCAGCAGCGCUUCCCUCGGGAUCGGAGCCCAUCCCGCUGGGGCUGAGGGCCAUGGUGUUGGUGAACUCCACGCCGUGCAGCGUCACCUGCGGGCUGGGCGUGAAGGAGGAGCAGCGCUGCGAGGUCACCCCGGCCGGGGAACACCGCAAUUGUUCCCCGGUGCGCUCCCGCUGCCUCAGCGAUUGGAUCUGCGGCCUCCAGCACCUCAGCGUUCCCGAGGGAAAACCCUUCCAGCUCACCUGCCUCUCCCCGGAGGCCGCCAGCCUGGAGGGACAAAAUUUUGGCUACACCUGGAGGUUCUCCCAGGGGCUCAUCACCACCAACGACCUCCUGUUCCAUCCCAUCCGCAAUCCCAGCCCUUCCCUGCGCUUCUCGCCCGCUCUGGAGUCGCAUUCCGGCACCUAUCGCUGCGACGUGCAGGUGCUGAGCUCCUUCCAGCUCGUCAAGAGGAUUUACUUCGGCCUCAGGGUGAUCCCCAGGGAUCUGGUGGAUCUCGACUUCCAGAAAUCCUUGACUUGGGAGCAGCAGCUGGCGGCCAACGGGGAGGAGCCGCCGGGAAACGGCACCGGCCCCGCGGAGCUGGAGCAGCGGCGGAAUUUUUGGGAGAUGCUGUGGUUUUAUGAGGUGGUGCUGGGACUCGGCAGCGGGGUGAUCCUGGGGAUCCUGUUCAGCGUCGGGCUCUGCUGCCUGGGCAGGAUUUGCAGGGAAAGAGCAGCAGGAGAAAUGAACGGAGAUUGA